UGUCUUCCAAAUGGAUUCAACUUCCUCUGCCUCUACGUGCCUCCUUUCCUCUCCCCUUGAAGAUCAAAGACUUAAUCAAGAUUCUUUUAUUGACUCAUCUUUUCUCCAAAACCAAACUAACGUACCCAAAGAAUUUCUUUGGCCCAAAGUUGAUUUAGUUAAUGCUCAUCAAGAGCUUUUGGAUCCACUUGUAGAUCUUGAAGGGUUCUUCAAAGGUGAUGAAUUGGCAAUUCAACAAGCUGCCAGAGUCAUUAGGGCUGCUUGUUUAAGCCAUGGUUGCUUUCAAGUGAUCAAUCAUGGGGUUGAUUCACAUCUGAUUAAAGCUGCAUAUGAGCACCUGAAUCGUUUCUUUCAAUUACCCGUUAGCCAGAAAGUAAGGGCUCGAAAGAUGACUACUUCUGGAUUGAACACCCUGAGCUAUUCCGGUGCACAUGCUGAUCGUUUCUCUUCAAAUUUGCCAUGGAAGGAGACAUUAACUUUCGUCUUCGAAGAGAAUCCGAAGGAGGCCGGUAUAGAAGAUUUGUGCAACGCCUGCUUAGGGGAUGAUUUUAAACAGAUGGGCAUGAUCUACCAGAAGUAUUUUGAAGGAAUGAAGGGCUUAGCACUUGUAGUGAUGGAAAUAUUAGCAAUCAGCUUGGGAGUUGAUCGAUUGCAUUAUAAAAAGUUUUUUCAGGAUGGGCGGUCUAUAAUGAGAUGUAACUAUUAUCCUCGUUGUCCCGAGCCAGGUCUUACCUUUGGCACUGGACCUCAUUGUGACUCCACAUCUCUGACCAUUCUUCACCAAGAUGAAGUUGGAGGUUUGGAAAUUUUUGCAAACAACAAAUGGCAGAUUGUUCGACCUCGUCAUGAUGCCCUAGUAAUCAACAUUGGUGAGACCUUCACGGCAUUAUCAAAUGGGAAUUACAAGAGUUGCCUGCAUAGGGCAGUAGUUAACAGGCAGAGGGCCAGAAGAUCAUUGGCAUUCUUUCUUUGUCCACGAGAAGACAAGGUGGUCAGACCCCCUGAGGAUCUUGUGCACAGUGAAGUGACAAGAGCUUACCCAGAUUUUACAUGGUCGGAUUUCCACCUUUUCACCCAAAAAUACUACAGAGCCGACGCUCAUACUCUCCACAACUUUACCAAAUGGCUCUUAUUUUCCAAACCUUUUGACAAUAAUUAGUCCCUCUUGCUUCCUUCCUAUAUAUAGACUUAUAGAUAUGGAUGCAUGGUUAUUAUUUUAGAUGAAUCGAUUUCAGUGCCAGGCCAUGGUAGAUGCAUGCCUUGCUACUAAUAAAUAAUUCUGUUUUUCUUUAGAAUCCUUAAUUUAUGAUGUUAAGAUCACAUUCCAAUGCAACAUGUAAUGUGGGAACCAAGGAAAUGUGA